AUGUUCAACACGAAUCAAUACCAUACACCCGGUUAUCACGAUGAACACAACUACUCAUUUCAAUAUAUAACGCCAAAUUCCAGAAAAGUGCCAGCACCAUCUCCAGCAACAGCUCCAAAUCAUCAUACAAAUAACAAUGACAAUUGGAGACAACCUGCAAGAACAUCAUCCUUACAGCAAUCACAACCGCAGUUGAAAACGAAUCAAAAACAACUUUACCAUGAUCGCGAAUCUCUCAUUGAUCCAGCAGGUCAGCAUGGCUACUCAGCUCGAGAAACGUACAUAGAACCCAACAUGUCAACAUUUGUCAUUGAUCCUGCCAUUGAAGACUAUUAUGUGCAUAACAUUCCUCUCCCUCUGCCUGCUGUUCCCUCUGUGCCUGCUGCUGUUGCUGCUCCUGUUGCCAUGUCUACCAUGAAUGACACUCGAAUGAACUAUUUCCAUCAAGAUCAGCAACAUCAUCAACAAGAUCCCCAAAUCCAAACUGUGAUUAGCCAACCGAAAUCUGUAAAAUCCAAUGUACAGCAUAUAGUUAAUUCAUCCUCUCCUAUACAAGUUCAGCACGCCUAUGUGGAAGUGCCUCAGCCCUCAGUGGCUGUCUACGAGCAAACCAACAGUUUUAGUUUACAGCCUGUACCACUCAACAAAAAGGUCAAUGGCAACAAUAGCAACAACAACAACAGCCAAAAUAUCACAAUGAAGCCAAGCGCUUCUACUAGUUCAAACAGACUACCCAAACCACCUCUUACCCCUCUGGUGAUUCCACCCACUCCCAUACGCUCUUCUUCUUCACCAAACAGCACUCACUUUAUGGCAACAACCCCCACUCGCACUUCAUCCAUGCAACAAAACUCACCCAACACAAGCACCACAUUAUCUACACCAGGCGGUCUCAGCACACCAGGUUCAUCUAGAAGCGCCAAUUCACCCAUGGGCCUGUCACCAUUCUAUUCACCUAGCACACCUUCACCUAAUACACUCUUACCUCACACUACGCUUCCCUCUCCAUUAGGCCCACAUUCACCAUCAGCCAACAAUAGUCUCAAGAGAGCAAUAACUACCACCAAAAAGCUGUCCAUGCAACCCGAAAAUGAAGCUGAGCGUCUUGUUCACGAAGGUAUCAAAUUCCACGAAGCUGGCAAGUUGGAGCAGGCUACAGACAUGUUUAAGCAGGCUUCCAUCUUGAAUUUACCUAUUGCUAUGUUCCUGUAUGGCGUGUCGCUUCGUCAUGGCUGGGGCUGUAAAAGAAACGAACAUUUAGCAUUUCAAUACCUUCAAAAAGCAGCUGAGCAUGCCGUUGAAGAUCUUAACAAUUUUUCAAAUGCUGUCAAUGCUUCUGCUUCCAAAGGUGAAUUGAUCAUGGCCAUCUAUGAGCUUGGUGUGUCUUUCCGGCAUGGCUGGGGAUGUAAAAAGAACAAGGAAACAGCUGUAUAUUACUUUAAGAUUGCUGCUGAUCUGAAUGACGCCGAUGCGCAAAAUGAUCUUGGUCACUGCUAUUAUCAUGGCCACGGUGUCAAGAAAGACUUAUUUAUGGCCGCAAAGUAUUAUCGAAAAGCAGACAAGCAAGGCCAAGGUAUCAUGGGCAAUAGUUGGAUUUGGAAAUCGAAAUACGAUGCAGGUCCUCCUUCAAAAAAAUAA